AUGCCAGCUACUUUCCGUUCCAGUCGUCGACAACUCGCUCAGCCUGUAGCUGUCCACCGGCAUGAGCACGUUGUGGUUGUCGAUGGCUCACGGGCAGCUGUCGCUCCCGAGGUCGAAAGCGCCGUCCAACGUGUCUCCGCAGACCUUCGAAGAUCCUAUACCUCCCCAAUCACCGUCAACCCAUCUUCCCCUCUCAAGAGGCUGCGACUAGCAGGGCCUUCCCAACCAACACUGCUGACAGACACCCUUAACACCUUGGACCACAAUUUGUAUGUCAUGGGCCAAGGGGACCACGACUGGGCCGAUCCAGACGCUGAUGUCCUGGAAAACGAACUGAGCGAGCGCAUUCUAAGACCUUCCGAUCCUUCUAUGCAGGAGUGGAUGCUACACCAACGCGAUGCAUACCUGAAAAUUCUUCUGUCGCGAGAAGGAAGAGGCCAGCAGGCGGAUUUUUGUGCAGAAUGUCAAGAAGAAGGCCCGAUAUAUCAUACAUCAACGACAUCCAUUGCAUAUCAUCAAGGUAGGCCUCCCAUAUUUCUCACCCGCCACCAUUCUUACGGAUUUCGCGCUACAAGGAGUGGACAGGCAUCUACUUUUGCGCGUACCUCGCUCAAAAGUCUCGGUCUCCGUGUUCAAAUUGGACAUCCUGUUGGGCAGCGCUGCGACCGACCCAUCCCUGCUUGGGAAGGCUUCGUUCUCCUUCACAUCAAUGGAGUUCAUGACCUGGCCGUCAACUUCUGUGGGUGCCAUAAAACAGAAGAUCCUUAUUACAUCCAACUUUUGCGAAUGGGCUGGUAUCCAUCCAUUUUCGAAUCUCCUCGAACAUGCGCGUCUUUCGCGAUGUUGGAUACUUUUCAUGCGCUUACUUUGUCGGGCAAGAUAACGCCCUACGACUUCUACCACGCGCUGGAGGACAUCACAGAUGGAGCGGGCACUAAACCACCAAAUCGCUAUCAAGUUUUUUUUGCGAAUAGCACGGCAAUAUCGUCAUCUCCUCCUACUCAAGCGAAGCGGCCGGGGGCACGCUGA